CCAAUUCAGAUCAGUCUUGCGAUGAAUAUAUAACACAACCAAGUGAAAUGGAUAUUGGUGAUAGUCUUCGCCCUCUUGUUGGGAAAUUUCUACCAAAAGGCAAUAUCACAUUACAUUCCCAUGCUCAACGAAUCCAACGAAUCAGUUAUAAAAUAACUAUUAAUAAUAGUUUGAGUUCAGGAGCAUAUGCCAUUGGAAUUUAUCAUGAUAACUUUACUCAAUCACUUAAUCUUACAAACUUUUAUUAUUUAUCCCCGCAAGAAUAUUAUGUUGUUAUGUUUUCUAGAAAAGUUAAAAAGACAUUAGAUAAAAAAUUUUCAAAUUAUAUUGGUAUCGGUAACACCUAUUCUUCGGUGCAAUAUAUUGAAUCAAAUAUACGUAAGAAUAUUGUUGCAAAAGAAACUCUGCCAUUGCAAUCAAGUACUUCAUACAAUUUAGCUGUAGAUGUUAUUGCACAAAGUUACACUACAGAAGAGUUUUUUGAGCAAAGAAGCGGUUCUAUUAUAGACGUUUUGGCAGAUAUUUUUGCUAUUUAUACUGGAGGUGCUAUUAUUUACGCUUUUUUAUUUGGAGAAAGAAUUGAACCACUUGGCACUGUACAUAAAUUAUCUCGAUUUUUCCCAGUACGUCGAGCAAUAGAACCGGGAAAUAAUGUUUAA